GGAGCAUCUCCUCCCCCUCUCUCGUACUUUUCUUUUUCUUUCCUCCUUUCCAUUUUACUCUACACACAUAUAUAUCGAUUACAUAACCGCACAGUUACACGCUUUUUUCUUUUCCUUUCUUUGAGAACGUGGAACAACAACAAAGAGCACAUUGAAGAAAAAUGUCGGGCUCUGGAGAUGAUGAGCAGGCGAUGAAGAAGCACCGCUGGGAGGACCCAAGCGGCGACGGAGAUUCCAGUUCCGCAGCGCCCCUGCCGAGCACAACGCGUUGGAGCUCCGCCACACCGCGGCAGUACGGGUUGGACACCCCGCGCACUACGACGUCGCUGUCGGGCGAGUCCUCCUCCUGGCGUGGCAUGGCGACACCGAGCGCCACGCCCUUCAUGUCCUCCGAUUACAUUCAGACACCUGUGUUCGGCUCGGCCAGUGGCAGGACGCCGUCGAUGCUCACACCUGGACAAGACAGAGGUGCCGCCUCCCUCGGCGGGAGCACGCCGAUGUUUGCCAGCGGCAGCACGCCGCGCAUGGGUGGGGCAACGCCGAUGUUCGGCGGCGCAACGCCGGCUGCGGGCGGGUCCUUUGGCGCGACACCGAAUUACCAGUUUGAGGGCGACACUCCGCUUCAAUCGCACUUUGCGUCCUCUGCGGAGACACAGUCGAUCACGACCGCCGCCAUCGAGGCAAAGGCGAAGACGUUAGAAAAGGAGUGGCGGCGAAAGAACAAGCGACUCACGGCGGAGUACCUCGACAGCAUCCUGCCGACAGAGUUCUUUGCGGUUGUGCCCGUGCCGGCGGACUACAACCCACUGCCGCCGGAGGAGCCGAACUUUUAUGAACUGGCUGUGCGAUCCAUGGACGUGUUUGCCAUGCAGGGUGGCGAUGCCGCCGUCACAGCGGGCGUGGACGAGAAGGGGCAGCCGUUUACUUACGACAUCCCUGAGAACAUGGGCGAUGGCAUGCCGGCCAUGAAGCCCGAGGAUGCGGCGGUGUUCGUGGAGCUGCUCAAGUACCACAACGUGGAGCGCAUCCCCGAUGAGCACCUGCCCUCCUAUCUCUUGAUGAAAAACCUCUUCAAACUGAAGAACGGAGACACGCUUCAACGGCGCACUGGCACCCGUUACCUGCUCGAUAAGGCAGGCAUCUUUGGCAGCCACUUCAUCUUCCAGCGCCUCAUCUACAUCUGGAGCUCUGACAUUCUGAACCUGGAGGAGAAGCACUACUUUGUCGAGUUCAUCAAGUCACUCCUGCAGAACAUGGGCAAGGAGGUGCGGCAGUCCACAAAGGAGGUGGUUCACUUAGUGGAGCCGCUCCUCACCGCACACGAGCGCAUCCUGCGCGACGACGGCAAGCAGGUCCUCACGCUGCUCACACGCGUCGUCGGCUUCCAGGCCGUCUUUGAGGUGAUCCGCGAGGACUUCGGACACGAGGAGGCCAUCGUACGGCGGCACACGGCACGCGUGAUGGCGGUGGUGGGCUACGCGGCGGGCGCCGAAGAGGUGACCGCGGCGCUGCGCGACAUGUCCUACGCCCCUUCCGCCCUCGCCCGGCAGACGGUGGUGCGAGCCAUGGCAGAGCUGGCGAAGUUGGUGGGCCACGCGCUGAUGGCCGCCCUGCCGGAGAUGGUGGCGAUGCUAGAGCGUCUGCUGCGGGACGAGAAGCGGGUGCAGCGUGACGCCGCCCUCGCCGUCGCGGCGAUUGCGGAGGCGACCGCUCCGGAUGGCAUCGAGGAGUUGGCGCCGCUGGUGGAUGUCAUCUGCGACGAGUGCGUGCGGGGUAUCGGCAGCACCGCCUCACCCUUUAUCCAGGCCUUUGGCGCGUUGGUGCCGCUCAUGUCGUCAUACGACGCGCAGGCCCGCACGGCGGCGAUGAUGCCGAACUUGGUAAACCAGUUCAGCACCCCAGAGGACGAAUUUCGUCGGGUGCUCAUCUCGGUGGUGCGAAAGUGCGUCUCCGCGGAGGGUGUGACGCCGCAGUUCAUUCGCCAGACGAUUCUGGAGCCCUUCUUCGACGGUUUCUGGCGGGUGCGCCGCCUCGCCGCCGACCGGCAAACCUCCUCCAGCCUCAUCGCGACAACGGUGGAAAUUGCAAAGAAGCUCGGCAGCGUGGACGUGCUGGUGAAGCUGUCGCCGGAGAUCAAGGACGAGAGCGAGGAGUACCAACGCAUGGUGCUGAUGGCGAUCAAAAAGGUCGUGGACACCACCGGCAUGGAGGCGGCGUCAGACACCCUUGUCACGUUCGUCCUGGAUGGCGCCAUCGCCGCGGUGCGGCAGGACGAGCUGGGCGUGAGCAAGUUAGCGAUGAACGUGCUGGCCACCAUCUGCAACGCGCUGGGCUCGCGACUGCGCCCGUACCUGAAGCAGGUCUUCGACCUCAUCCAGCGCCGCCGCGAGAACCGCGAGGCCACCAUGCGUGCGCAGACCGCCGAUCUUGUCUCGCUGAUUGCACACACCGUGAUGCUGGCGGACGGAACCGUCUUCCUGCAAGAUCUGGGCCGCAGCCUCUAUGAGCGGCUGGAGGACCCUGAUGCCCGUGCACUGAGCUCCAACCUACGCGCCGUCCGCGCCAUCUUGGCAGAGCUCGGCUCCCGCCGUUUCAAACCCUCCGUUCGCGAGCUGCUGAAGCGACUGACUUUUGUUAUUAAGAGCCGCAACAGCGCCGUACAAAACAACGCGAUCGCGCUCAUCGAAGACAUCGCCACGAACUACGACAGCGACGUGGAAGCCAUUCACCUGCACGAGUUGGCCACCCGAAGUCUGUUCGACCUCCUCGACGCUCCGAAGCGCUCCACGCGCCACGCCUGCGCACGCACCUUCGGCGUUAUCGCGAAAAAGAUUCUUCCCUUUGCGAUUAUUUUGGAGCUCGUGGACAACUUCCGCCAGGACAAGCGAAAGAUACGCAUCUGCACCGCCGUCGCCCUUAGCGCCAUCGCGAAGGAGUGUGGCCCCUUCACGAUCAUUCCGUACUUGCUGAAUGAGUACAAGAUCAGCGAGGGGGAGCAGGUGGCCAUCAUUGUGCAGCACUCGGUGCUGAAGGCGAUUCGCUACAUCUUCGAGGCCAUCGGCUCGGUCGGCAAGGAGUACGUCUACCCUCUUGUUCCGCUGCUGGAGCGUGCUUUGACGGAGACAAACAUUCAGAUGCGUCGCAUGGCGGUGGAGGCGUGCCGGGCCAUCCUGCUCGCUGUCGCCGGCAACGACGGCUUCGAGGAGAUCGCCACGCACUUCCUCAACUUUAUUCACCCCAACAUCGUGGAGUUGCUGUCGAAGAACGAAGUCAAAAUUGGUGAGGAGCGGCUGAAGAUGGUGACAGCGGUGGUCAGCUAUUACGAGGCGGCGCGUGUCGUCAUUGGGUCAGGCACGCUGCUGCAGUACCUCGAGCAAGGCCUCUUCCACCCGGCGCAGAAGGUGCGGGACAUCUACCGGCGUACCUACAACAUCAUCUACGUAGGCAGCCCGGAGAGUCUCAUUCCUUACUAUCCGCGCAUCAGCGACGACGCCACCCACACCUACGUGCGCCACGAACUGGAAGUGUUGCUUUAA